CGGCAAUACAUCAAUCACCAAUAGCUGAUAACGACAUUCUUAGCAAUCAAGCUAUAGCUAUAGUAUCGUCACCAAUGCGUGUCUAGAAUAGUUCUUUCUCCCUCAGAGAGAGUCACGAAAUCAUCAUUUUCGUAGUAUUUUUUAUUUUCCCGCCUUCACCAUGUCGACUAAUGCGAAUCGCGAGGGCAUCGAAGCCACUUCCGAAACCACCUCCCCCGCAACUGUGGAGGAAAAGGUGCCGAAGGAACACAAUCUUGCUGCUAUGAAUUCCGGUUCGGGCUCAGAUAUAGAAGAAUCCCUCAGAGGACCCAACGGCGAGGAAUAUCCCACUGAGGAAGAACUCAAGACGCUACGUCGCGUGAAAGGCCCCAUUACUUGGAUUAUCUACACAAUCGCAUUCAUCGAGCUCUGCGAGCGAUUUGCUUACUAUGGAACUACUGCUGUUUUCGUCAACUUCAUUUCCCAGCCUCUUCCCGCUGGCUCUACCACCGGCGCUGGUGGUACAGACUUACAAGCUGGCGCCCUUGGCCAAGGACAGCAAGCUUCAACUGGUUUGGUAUUGUUCAACAGCUUCUGGUCAUACCUGAUGCCUUUAGCCGGUGGUUGGGUGGCUGAUGCAUAUUGGGGCAAAUACAAGACUAUUCACGUUGCUGUCGCAGUAGCUAUGUUUGGUCAUAUCAUCCUAAUCGUCUCGACCUUACCUCCGGUUAUUGCCAACCCGAAGGGCUCCCUUGGUUGCUUCUCUCUCGGUCUGAUUUUCUUCGGUAUUGGUGUAGGAUUAUUCAAAGCCAACAUCUCGCCUAUGAUUGCCGAGCAGUACGAAAGCCAACAGCCGAGAGCUGUCAUCAAUGUCUUAAAGAGCGGUGAACGAGUUGUCGUCGAUCCUAUCGUAACCAUAUCCGUUAUUUAUAUGCGUUACUACUUCUUCAUCAACGUUGGAUCCUUGGUUGGAUCUAUCGCUAUGGUAUACGCCGAGAAAUACGUUGGCUUCUGGCUCUCGUUCACUUUACCCACGAUCAUGUUCCUAUUCUGUCCCAUUGUCUUGCUCGUCUUCAAGAACAAAUACGUCCGACGGCCGCCAACCGGUUCGGUUCUAGGCAAGGCCAUAGCUUUGGUUGGUCUAUCGAUGAAGGGCCGCUGGUCUCUAAAUCCUAUCACAACUAUUAAUCAUUUGCGCGAGCCUGGCUUUUUUGAGAGAGUCAAACCGAGCAAGAUCCCUGAAUCCGAGCGUCCUGAUUGGAUGACUUUCGAUGACCAUUGGGUUGACGAGGUGCGCCGCGGUUUCAAAGCAUGUAGUGUCUUUGUUUGGUACCCGAUCUAUUGGCUUUCCUACAACCAAUUGAGCAACAACCUCGUUUCCCAAGCCGCUACCAUGAUCCUCAACGGCGUCCCUAACGAUGUAGUGAAUAAUCUCGAUCCUAUCGCCUUACUUAUAUUCAUUCCUAUCGCCGACAAGUUUUUUUACCCUGCUUUAAGGCGUGCUGGUAUCAACCUAACCCCUAUUAAGAAAAUCACUGGCGGGUUUGCUAUUGGCGCUUUGUCGAUGGUGGUUGCUGCUAUCACCCAACAUUACAUCUACAUGGAAUCGCCGUGUAGACUAGUUUCCGGAUACGGAUAUGUGACCGACUGCAAAGAAGCCCUAAAUCUUCCAGCAGAUGCGGCCGAGCUCCAGUACAAAUCACCUCUAACCGUCUGGAUACAAACACCAGCCUAUAUUCUGAUCGCUUUUGCCGAGAUCUGCGCUUCAAUCACCGGCCUCGAGUACGCUUUUACUAAGGCGCCAAAGAAUAUGAGAGGCUUUAUCACAGGUGUCUUCUGGUUUGCGCAAGCCUUCUCCUCCGCUAUUGGCCAGGCUUUCGUACCCCUAGCAACCGAUCCUUACCUAGUGUGGUUAUACGUGACGAUAGCCAUCAUCUCGGCCCUUGGUGGAAUCGGUUUUUGGUUCAAUUUUUCGAAGCUGGACAGCGAAGAAGAGUCUCUGAAUGCCCUCCCUGAUAGUUUAUUCAAGGGUAGUCAGAAUAAGGACUCGGACUUUGCCGCUAUAGAAGCGGAACAGGCGAAGCAGGAGAAGGUUCGGCACGCUCAGGGGCUUGAUAAGAACCCUACCCCAUAAUUUUGAGGGAGAGGGUUCGUGAAAUUAUUUCAUCUCCGGUCACCGUUUCACCUAUAUCCCGUAUUGGUUGGUGCAGGAUCUUCCCUCGAUGGAGGUUCCCGCUUCUCGCUCUAACAAUCACCGAAAAGAACCAUACCGUUAUUGAUAGUGAUAUACAUACAGUAUUAGCCUUGUAAAAACGAGUAUACAUAGGUAUUAUUUUUACUUAUCCUUCUCUCUUCAUGGACUUUCAAAGUUUUGAUGUAUGA